AUGAUGAAAGGCGUACAUUUAUUGAUUGGUUUACUACUUGCCUUGUGUCUUCAUGAAUGCACAGCAAUAUGGUGCUAUCAGUGUAAUUCUGCAAUACCUGGCUGCAUGGAGCCUUUCAAUUGGAAGGGAAUUGGUUACCUUGGCAACCCAUGUCCUGAUAGUGAAGAUAUUUGUGUAAAACUUAUAGAAAGGAAAGGAGCUCAAAAAACAAUAACACGAGACUGUUUAAGCAACUUCAGAGCAUUCCGAACAGACAUCCCUGCUGAUACAUAUGAAGGCUGUCGAGCAGCAGCAAAGGAUGUUAACCUAGCAAACUAUGUUAAUAACACUAUAAAAGAACUGGAUAUUAAGAGAGAAUGGUAUGAUGAAACAACUUGGUGCUUCUGUUUCCUGGACCAUAGAUGCAAUAGUUCUACUAUGUUGAAUUCAAGCAUUUCAACAAUAUUUAUUUAUUUUCUAUACAAAGCAUUGUUCUGA